AAGAGUCGCUGGUUCAGUCGGGGCUGGACUCUUCAAGAGUUAAUAGCCCCAAAGGAAGUCCACUUUUACAACACAAAUUGGAUAAUGAUUAGGACCAAGUAUUCCGCGGGAACUUUGGAGCAGUUGCUCGAGAACAUCACAGGCAUCCCCGGACAAUGCUUGGCACAACACAGAAGUCCAUAUUCGUAUAGUGUAGCCCAGAGGAUGUGCUGGGCAUCGAUGCGACAGUGCAAACGGGUAGAGGAUAUAGCAUAUUUCUUGCUAGGUAUCUUCGAUGUCAACAUGCCCCUCCUAUAUGGAGAAGGUCCGAGGGCUUUCGUCAGAUUACAAGAGGAAAUCAUGAAGGAAAUCGACGAUCACUCGUUGUUCGCUUGG